AUGCUUAAACGAAUAAAAGCUCAAGUGACGCAAGUGGCGAAUGAGUUGCCCGAUCUUUUGAAUAAUUCUGGACGAGAGGCGAGUAACGGCAAGAAUUCUGCAGGUGAAAUGCCGGGUGAAUGUGAGGGUUUUCUUUGUCCAAUGUGUAUGACUCCAUUCCCAUCACCUGACGAUUUGAGUUUACAUUUUGAGAGAGCUCACACCUCGGACACUAUGCAACCGGUUACUUCACUGGAAAAUCCGAAUUUUCUGACUACCGACGAUGUGUUGAUAAAUCGAAGAGCUUCAACCACCUCAUCAACCAUUGGCUUCUCAACAAAAGAAGAAGAGAUUCAAGAGUUGAAACAUCAGUUAAAAGACGAGAAAUGGUUCUCAGCGGAGUUGAAAAAGGAACUUGAUCGAAUACAAAGCAUUUUUGCUCAAUCGCAAGACGUUCCGAAAGAAGAAGUGCCAUAUUUGAUGCAACAGAUACAAAUGUUGGAAGCGGGAAAAAGUAUGGUCACUCAACGAAUGCUUGAAUUCGAGAAAGAAGGAAAUCAGUACAAGCGGCAACUCGAGUACACUGUUCAAGAAAAGAAAGAGAUAUGGGAACGAUUGAAGACACUCACCGAGAAAAUCCGGCAACUCACUGAAGAAAACGAAGAGAAAAAGACAGAGAAUGCGGUGAUGUGCGAAGAGCUUUUGCGGGUGAAAGGAGCGAUGGCCGAUUUGGAAAAGGAAUUGGACAAACCCUCUGAAGACGAUGUGACUGUGCUGAGGAAAGAAUUGGUGCGCGCACAACAGUUAAUGGAUGAGAUCAGUCUACAUAAAGAUGGAGAAAUGAGACAACACUUGGAUCAACUACGAGAAUUGAGCACGGAAAGGGAAAAGUUGAAAUUCGUCGUCAACGAGUUGCAGCGACAGAUCAACGAUUCGGGAGAGCAGAGCUCGAAAAAAUCCGAAGAAAGUUUUCAAUUCAAAGCCCAGCUCGAUUCAUCGAUGAUCGAAUUGGAAAAUCACAAGCAAAAAGCCGCAAAUCUCACAACAGAGCUUGAGGGGACGAUUCAACUUUUGGCGGAGGCGGAGAAACGAAACAUUUCAAUUGCGAAAGAGUUAGAAGAAUCGAGGAAACGAGUUGAUGAGCUGGAAAUCGAUUUAACGGCUAGUGGGAAAAGCGCUGAUGAUUUCAACGAAUCAAAUAAAACAAGCAGAAAGAAGAUACAAGAAUUGAAAGAGGAAUUGAAAAAGUUUGAUGAGGCCAAACAACAACUACAAGAACAACUCUCAGAAAAAGAAGAAAAUGAGAAAAAGCUUGAACAAGUCAACAAAAAUCUCGUCAUCGACGUGACAACUUUGAGCGGAAAAUUGGAGAAUGAGAAACGAGGGAAUCAAGAAAAAAAUGAACAAAUCAACAAUCAACACCAGAAAAUCUCGGAAUUGAGUGAUCAAGUGAUCGAUUUGCAGAAAGAAUUGUGUAAGAAAGAUGGCAUUAUUGACGUAAAGGUGGCCAUCAUUGAGACACAAACGCGAGAAAUUGGCACACUAAAGGAAAACGCGAGUGAUCUUUUGUCAAAGAUCUCUGAGGGUGAAGGUGGGGCAAAAGUGGCGAUCGAUCAACUCAACGAAGAGAAGAAACGAUUGCUGGAGGAUAUGAAAAUGAUAGGUGAUCUGCAAAAAGAGCAAAAAGCCGAGCUGGAGGAGAAGAUUUUCACGUUGGAGAAAGAGUCGAGAGAGAAAGAGAAAGAAAAAGCUCAACUCGAGAUGCAGAAAACUUUGAUGGAAAACGAUUUGAAACAAAAGUUGUCAAUUGCUGAAGAAGAGAUUAUCAGAAAGGCUGAGUGUUUUGUCGAAAUGGAACGAGAUCGAGAUGAUGAGAGGAAAAAGACGGGAGAGCAUUUUAAACAAAUCAAAGCUUUGUGUGCGGAGAAAGAGCUGAAGAUUGAGGAAAAUGUUCAAAAAAAUGAAGAAUUGAGUAAAGAAAUCGGAAUUUUGAUGGACGAUUUGAGGGAAAAGGAGAAGGCGCUGAAUGAUUCGAGAUCACAAGUGAAGCAGAGCUUGGAGACAUUGAAAGCAGCGGAGGAGAAAGCGAGGAAAUUGGAAGAAGAACUUUCUCAAAUGGAGUCUGAUCGUUUCUCUAUACAGCAAAACGAAAGCGAACACGUGCGACAAAAUGAGCAACUUCAGAAACAGUUGAUGGAAAAUGGAGAAAAGAAUUUAAAGCUAGCAAAUGAGUUGAUCGGGUUGAAAGAGGAGAGUGAAAGGAAACAGGAAGCGAUCGCAGAGAUGACCACGGAGAGCACGAAAAAUCGAGAACAACUCAAGAAUGCAUUGGAUAAAGUUCAGCUACUUAAAGAUUGCUCGUCAUCAAAGGAUAUUGAAAUGGAGUUGAUUCGUCGUAAUGAUGAGCUACAAAAGGAAUUCUCAAUGUACAAAGAAAAAGCGGCUAAGCUUUCCGAGGAGAUACGCGAGAAAAGCGAUUACUUGACGAGUUAUGAAGCAGAAGUCGAAGAGAUCAGAAAACAUUCAGCGAAUAAGGUUGCUUUACUUGAAGAGCAAAUUGAGGAGAAUCUGGCAAUGAAUGAUGAGUUGACACUCGUCACGAAAGAACUCACCGAAAGAAAUGAGAAGUUGCAGAAAGAGAAAUCCGGGAUUGAGACAAAACUUUCUCUGGAACUUCAAACCGUUGAAGAGCUUAUGGCAAAAGUCGAUCAAAAUGAGCAAAAUCUCUCAACGACAAGAGACGAAUUACAAAAGAGGACAAAAAGUGAGGCAUCGUUGAAGCAACAAUUGGAAUCGUUACAAUCGAUUUACGAGCAAUUGAAUGGGCAAUUGAUUCAAGAGCGAAACGACUACACAAAGACGUUGAGCACAAAGCAAGAAGAAAUUAUCACUCUUCAACACCAAUUGGAUGAAGUGCAAGAGAACUUGUUGAAGCAAUACGAUAAAGCUGGAGAAGAGGCUACGAUAUGUCAUCGAAAGAUCGAAAGUCUUCAAUCGGAGAUUGGAUUGAAAGAGUCGCAAAUCGUUGAAGUGAAGGGAAAGCUGAAUGAUGCGAAUUCGAAAAAUGAAGAGUUGAAUAAACUGAUCAACUCGUGGGAAGAUGAGAAGAAAGCGCUCAUUGAAAGAUGCUUAAAUACGGAAUCCGAUUUGGAUUUUGAACGAGAGCGGGCAACUGAGAAUAAGAAACGAUUCGAUGAUGCGUUGAGCGCAAUGCACGAGUUGGGAAGAGCCAAUCAAUCAUUACAAAUGGAUAUGUCGAAGCAAAGCUCACGGAAAUGGCUAGACGAUAGUGAGGCGGUGAAUUGCACGGCUUGUGGGAAAGUCUUCUCAUUAACUGUUAGAAAGCAUCAUUGUCGUGUUUGCGGUUUAAUCUUUUGCUCAACAUGCUCAAGUCACGCAGUAAAGUUGGCAAGUCACAAGAGUCCGGUGCGCUCGUGUGAGCCAUGUUUCCAAGAGAGUUCGACUCGA